AAAGAGGUCCUCACAACUAAAUAUCUUCAACUUUUCAAUACCCAAAACAUUCUCAUUCACAAUUACUUAUCAUUUCUCAACACUUCAAAUACUUACCACAAGCUCUCGGUAGGCGGAGGAUAGUGCAAAUACCACAACAAAAACCACUUACACCACCUUACCAUUUGCUAUCUCAAAAUCCCCAACUGAAGGUACAAAAUCAGUAAAAAUGGAGGCGUGGCCAGUUACAGACCUCGACAAAAUCGCCAAGGGGUGGAAAAUUGCCAUGAAAUGCUCCAAGGAGCGUCUUCAACGGGUGCAUGACCUCGCAGCUGAUGAACUGGAUGAUGCUAUCAAUGAUGGGCACUUGGUUCUCGAGACCGUGUGCUUGUUUGUCCACGCUUGCAUUAAACACAAUCAGUACAAACUUCCUCUUUCGUUUUGGAGAGUCCUCCAUGCUGAAUACGGUAUCAUCGUCUAUCCUACGGCAUUUACAGAAGACAUCGAUAUUCAAGGCCUCAACAUUGAUGUCACAUUUACUGAGGCUUACAACGGACACAUCAUGAUGUAUGGUGGAGCCCGCGGCAUCAAAUACCCUCCCCGAUGUCCCCUUGAGCUCAUACGAGAACCUCCGCCUGUCUACCAGAAGUAAACACCAAAGAUAGAAUCGUGAUGUUUCUAAAGGCUGAAACAUGUUUCUGUGUAUUAUUGGAAUUAGGUUUGGCGAUUGUGGGACGCCCGGAGCAUGGUAGCGUUGGUGGUUUAGAGGCAAGGCGAUCCAUCAUGCCAGACAGAAUAGUAGCGUCUGAAUGUUGAUGAUUUCAAUAAGAUGAAUUGUCUAAAGAUUGCGUUUAUUUCCAAUUUGCAUAAAAUGGCAUCAGCUUUCUUCACGCUGUCCGAGAGCUCCGUCUCGGUUUGCUCUCCAUACCCCCUCCUCACCUUCAAACUCCUCACGUUUCCAAACCUCAACCUUGGAUUUACACUCUUCCAACGCCUCUUCACCAGCUCGCCACGCCGCUUGUCGAUGAGGAGAUGAGACGGCGAUUAAGAUGCUCUCUUCUGCGAUAGGUACAGGUCCGAGGCGAUGGAUCAUGGCUACCCCGCGGAGACCAUGCUUAUCGCGAACGUCCUUUGCAAUGGCCAUCAUGGACUUGAGAGCUCUGGGGUGAUAAGCUGUAUAUUGUAGCUCCUUCACUGGCUUUCCUGCGAAGUUAUCGCGGGUAGUGCCUGGGCUUGGUCAGUUUCACUGUGAAUAGAGACUUGUGAGAGAUAAGAGUUUA